CACAUUUCUCUUUUAACCUCGCACUUUUUUCUCUCCCGGAGAGGGUUUGUUCUUUUUGUGCUUGGCAUCGUUUCGCGCCUGCUGUUUCUAGUGGCCUGUUUUAGAAAAAGACCCUACUUUUUUAGCCGUGGUGUUUUUGUGCUGCGAUUUUUGACAAGCGCUGGUUUGAUGUUUGGGGUUGCAGACUUAAUUGCAGCCUUGUAAUACCACUUAAGACCUCUUGGCAUGGUUCUUUAUGGCCGAUUAAUGUGAUGGGGUUAUUUGCUCUUCAAACUGGAGUUAAUGUCGCUUGAGGGAUCGUUUCGUUUGCGUAUGAAGUAUUGUUUUGUUUUCGGGUUGGAAGGCAGCUGUCAAAAAAGCGGCGUGGAAAUUCAUUAGGCACCAUUUGCUAUCUCGUGUUUUAGAGAUCGUUAUAAUACUGCGGAGGGGCGAGGAGGUAAGCAGUUUACCCUCAAGAUUUGUAGUGGCAGUCCCCACCAUCCCUCUCUCCACCUUCGUCGCACCCCCUUUCCGUGAGGGCCAGUGAGGUUUAUGCUUUUUAUCGUCUCCAUGCAGGAAAAGUUUCCUCAUACUGGACGGGAUUUUACUAUGAUGUCCUAAAUGUGCUUAACAAAGUGUUUGUGCGCCUCUUAAAACAUCUUGAUUAUUGACAGUAUACUAGCAUCCUAAGAGUCGGAAUCAACUCGAUGGCAGUGGGUUAACCCUCUUGAGAAUAGGUGAAGGUUUAGAAUGUAGAGAAAAUGAUUCUGAACAUUUUACUGGAUGCUAUUUUACCUUACUUUAAUGUGAUUUUACAGUUCUGGAUUUUUAUUUGCUUUUCAACAUUUUACUAUUUGGAAAGGAAGAAAACUCUUAAUUUAAAGGUGUAGUAUUUCAUUCUGAGGAUCUUAAGUAGUUAAAAAUGUAGUUUAAUAUAGAUUGUAUUGCGAGUUAUGAGGAUUGGGACAGCUGUAUUUAAGUAAAUUUAUAUUUAAAUAAGCUAAAAUUGUGAUGAGAAGCUGCCACACAUUCUGUAUUGCCUUUUUGAAAUUUAGAUUUUGGUUGUCCUAUAUACAACACAUUUCAUUUCAUAUGUCCAAAAUUUGGAGGCAGGCACUGUUAGACAGACACAUCCAGUCAGAAAUAUGGGUUAAAAAUGAGAGCCUUUUCCAGCCUAUUGGAAGAUUAAUAGAUCAGCAUUGUUGUUUAUUUUUCAAAUAAAAUGUGCAUGGUUCACCAGUAGGUUGUACUAAAAGGUUUAGAUGUGUGAUUAACUGGGUAGGAGGAGAAUUUGGGAGUCAUUAGGGAUAGAGAAUUCUAGCGUAGUAUGUUAUCAAAUUUUAUGUGUAUGGGUUCUCAGAAAAGCAAACAACCUUGUUUGACAAGAGGUAGGGAUUUUAACGCUCAGACUUCUUUUUUUUGAGGUUAACUACAUUGACAUCAACUUGAACCUUUAGAAUAAUGAGAUGUAAUUAAUUAUAAUGUCUGUGACUAAUAUUCUGUGAGUGGCCAUGUGAAUAGCCGAGCUUCUUGUUGUUAGGUGCUGUGGAGUCAAGCUUAGUCCCAUACAGUUUUGUCCUCAUUUGUACAAAUGGACUACAUUAUACUUUUAAAUGUGGUAUGUUGAAUGAGGGCAGAGAAAAUGACUUUUUUAUUCUGAAGAUACGAAAACCACCGAUAACGAGGAAUUAGAUUCGGAGUUGAUGUUCACUGAUGGACUCCAAAGGAUCAUUAAAACCCUCCAUUAGAGAAGAAACCCUCAGCAGUGUGGUUGGUCAGGAGAGAGGAAAUGUGAUGGAUUUCUAUAAAACCCUAAGGGGAGGAGCUACUGUGAAGGUUCCUGCAUCUUCACCCUCACUGGCUGCUGCUUCACAGUCAGACUCUAAGCAGCAAAGACUUUUGGUUGAUUUUCCAAAAGGCUCAGUACACAAUGAGCAGCAACCAGAUCUGUCCAAAGCAGUUUCACUCUCAAUGGGAUUGUAUAUGGGAGAGACAGAAACAAAAGUGAUGGGUAAUGACUUGGGAUUCCCACAGCAGGGCCAAAUCAGCCUUUCCUCUGGGGAAACAGACUUUCGGCUUCUGGAAGAAAGCAUCGCAAACCUCAGUAAGUCGACCAGUGUUCCAGAGAACUCCAAGAGUUCAGCAUCUGCUGCUGUUUCUGCUGCCCCCACAGAAAAGGAGUUUCCAAAAACUCACUCUGAUCUGUCUUCAGAACAGCAAAAUUUGAAGGGCCAGAGUGGCACCAACGGUGGCAGUGUGAAGUUGUAUACCACAGACCAAAGCACCUUUGACAUUUUGCAGGAUUUGGAGUUUUCUUCUGGGUCCCCAAGUAAAGAGACAAAUGAGAACCCUUGGAAAUCAGACCUCUUGAUAGAUGAAAACGGCUUGCUUUCUCCUUUGGCAGCCGAGGAUGAGCCAUUCCUUUUAGAAGGAAACCCGAAUGAGGACUGUAAGCCUGUCCUUUUACCAGACACGAAACCUAAAAUUAAGGAUAAUGGAGAUUUUAUCUUAUCCAGCCCCAGCAGCGUGCCACUGCCCCAAGUAAAAACAGAAAAAGAAGAUUUCAUUGAACUGUGUACUCCUGGGGUAAUUAAGCAGGAGAAACUGGGCCCAGUUUACUGUCAGUCAACCUUUUCUGGAGCAAAUAUAAUUGGUAAUAAAACAUCUGCCAUUUCUGUUCAUGGUGUGAGUACUUCUGGGGGACAGAUGUACCACUAUGACAUGAAUACAGCAUCCCUUUCUCAACAGCAGGAUCAGAAGCCUAUUUUUAAUGUCAUUCCACCAAUUUCUGUUGGUUCCGAAAAUUGGAAUAGGUGCCAAGCAUCUGGAGAUGACAGCCUGACUUCUUUGGGGACUUUGAACUUCCCUGGUCGAUCAGUUUUUUCUAAUGGCUUUUCAAGCCCCGGAAUGAGACCAGAUGUAAGCUCUCCUCCAUCCAGCUCUUCAACAGCAAUGGGACCACCUCCCAAACUCUGCCUGGUGUGCUCUGAUGAAGCUUCGGGAUGUCAUUAUGGGGUCCUAACUUGUGGAAGCUGUAAAGUGUUCUUCAAAAGAGCAGUGGAAGGUAGACAGCACAAUUAUCUUUGUGCUGGGAGAAAUGACUGUAUCAUUGAUAAAAUUCGAAGAAAAAACUGCCCAGCAUGCCGCUAUCGAAAAUGUCUUCAAGCUGGAAUGAACCUGGAAGCUCGAAAAACCAAGAAAAAAAUAAAAGGAAUCCAGCAGACCACCACAGGAGUCUCACAAGAAACGUCUGAAAAUCCCGUUAACAAAACAAUAGUUCCUGCAACAUUGCCACAACUCACCCCUACUCUGGUGUCACUAUUGGAGGUCAUUGAACCUGAGGUGUUAUAUGCGGGAUAUGACAGCACUGUUCCUGAUACGACUUGGCGAAUCCUGACCACACUCAACAUGUUAGGUGGGCGGCAAGUGAUUGCAGCAGUGAAAUGGGCAAAGGCGAUACCAGGAUUCAGGAACUUACACCUGGAUGACCAAAUGACCCUACUGCAGUACUCAUGGAUGUUCCUCAUGGCAUUUGCCCUGGGAUGGAGAUCAUAUAGACAAGCAGGUGGUAGCUUGCUGUGUUUUGCUCCUGAUCUGAUUAUUAAUGAGCAGAGAAUGCAUCUACCCUACAUGUAUGACCAAUGUAAACAUAUGCUGUAUGUUUCCUCUGAGUUGCAGAGACUUCAGGUAUCUUAUGAAGAGUAUCUCUGUAUGAAAACCUUACUGCUUCUCUCUUCAGUUCCUAAAGAAGGCUUGAAGAGCCAAGAGCUGUUUGAUGAAAUUAGAAUGACCUACAUCAAAGAGCUGGGAAAGGCCAUUGUCAAACGGGAAGGAAACUCUAGUCAGAACUGGCAGCGAUUUUAUCAGCUGACAAAGCUCUUGGACUCCAUGCAUGAGGUGGUUGAAAAUCUCCUUAACUAUUGCUUCCAAACAUUUUUGGAUAAGACCAUGAGUAUUGAAUUCCCAGAGAUGUUGACUGAAAUAAUCAGCAAUCAGAUACCAAAAUAUUCAAAUGGAAAAAUCAAAAAACUUCUCUUUCAUCAAAAGUGACUGCCUUAAUAAGAAAGGUUGCCUUAAAGAAAGUUGAAUUUCUAGCUGUUAUUGUAAAACUCUCAAUUUGUCCUGUAGCAGGUUUUUUUUUUUUUCUUUCCUUUUUCGUUUUGUCUUUGUUGUUGUGUUGUUUUGUUUUAAAUACGCACUACAUGUGGUUUAUAGAGGGCCAAGACUUGGCAACAGAAGCAGUUGAGAUAAUCACUUUUCAGUGGUGGGAAAAGUAGAAAGUGGAAUUCAUUAGUUGGUGUAUCCUGGAAAUUAGACAGAGUAAUGUGGAGUCAUCCCCACUGUCAGAGAAGGAUAGUACCUGAACCACCGGUGCCCCAAGUCUGUGUGAUGAACUUUCUGCUCAUAGUUUUCACAGUUGGCUGGAUAAAAAUUUCUAGACUUUUCGUUGAUGUAUUUUCCCCCGUAUGGUUAAGGUAGCAAUUUUUGAUUUAUGCAUGGAAACCUGAAAAAAGUUUACAAGUGUGUAUCAGAAAAGGGAAGUUGUGCCUUUUAUAGCUAUUACUGUCUGGUUUUAACAAUUUCCUUUAUAUUCAGUGAAGUACGCUUGCUCAUUUUUUCUUACAUAGUUUUUGUAUUCAAGUUUUCUGUUGCAUAGCUGUUUAAGAUGGGCACAUAGUUCAUAGCUUUCCUAAAUAAACUCUAAACAUUAAUUUUCUGUGUGAAAAUGGGUUGGUGCUUCUAACCUGAUGGCACUUAGCUGUCAGAAGACCACAAAAAUUGACUCAAAUCUCCAGUAUUCUUGUUAAAAAAGCUCAUAUUUUGUAUAUAUCUGCUUCAGUGGAUAAUUAUAUAGGUUGUACAAAUUAACCGUCCUAACUGGCAUAGAGCACCUAGUCCAAUGACCUGCUUGGUAAACUGUGGAUGAUGGUUGCAAAAGACUCUAACUAAAAAAAAAAAAACUACCAGGAGGCCCUGUUUGUACCUAAUGCCCUAUCUCUGAAAUGGUUAGAGGGCAAGAAAGUUGGUAAACUAUCUUUCAGGACCUUUUGUAGUAGUUUGUACAAUGUCUUUAAAGACAAGGUUCCAGAUAACCAGCUGUUAACACAGCUGAGAGAUUUUUAAUCAGACCGUGGAGUUCCUUCUACUAAACUUUACCCCAAAAAUACAUCUCUGAUAUGGCAAAAGUGGCUAGACACCCAUUUUCACAUUCCCAUCUGUCACCAAUUGGUUUCUCUUUCCUGAUGGUACAGGAAAGCUCAGCUACUGAUUUUUGUGAUUUAGAACUGUAUGUCAGACUUCCUGUUUGUAAAACUACGCAUCCCUACAUGUGCUGUAGAGUUUAACACAGUCUUGUGAAUUCCUCCUCCCCACUGUUGAGGAUUAUCAUUUUAAACAAAUUAGAAGCUGUAGUAGCCCUUUCUGUGUGCACCUUACCAACUUUCUGUAAACUCAAAGCCUAACAUAUUUGCUAAGCCACAAGAAAUUUGAUUUCUACUCAAGGUGGCCAAAUUAUUUGUGUAAUAGGAAACUGAAAAUCUAAUAUUAAAAAUAUGAAACUUCUAAUAUAUUUUUAUAUUUAGUUAUAGUUUCAGAUAUAUAUCAUAUUGGUAUUCACUAAUCUGAGAAGGGCAGGGCUACUGCAGCUUUACAUGCAAUUUAUUAAAAUGAUUGUAAAAUAGCUUGUAUAGUGUAAAAUAAGAAUGAUUUUUAGAAGAGAUUGUUUUAUCACGACAUGUUAUAUAUUUUUUGUAGGGGUCAAAGAAAUGUUGAUGGAUAACCUAUAUGAUUUCUAGUGUGCGUGAGCAUUCAUACAGGCAGCGAUGGUCUCACAAACCAAGCAGGUUUGCUCUAGGGGAAGAGGUGAUGGAGACUGGCCCUGUGUGCAGUGAGGUUGCUGAGGCUCCGUCUCCAUCAGAUCACAAAGGAAGUAAUUCCUCUGCCUCCCAUUCUGACCACGUUCUCAUUCCAACAGUGAGUCUGCCAGCGCAGGGUUAACUUACUAACUCCCUGCACUCAAGUGUGUAAAUGUGACAGACAGGUGGUGCUUACAUACUUACAGGUACCAUCUAAUAGCAGGGUUGCUUUUCACAUACAGCUUCUCCAACAAUUUAAUAUAAAAACAGAGGCUUUAGAAGUUUGGCAAUAAUGUGCAUAGAGGUUCCAGCAAUAUGUAAAUAGUGCAGAAUCUCAUAGGUUGCCAAUAAUACACUAAUUCCUUUCUCUCUGCCAGUAAGAAUUCAUUUCCAAAUAAAAUGAGGACAUGUUUAUGUUUCCUUUUGAAUGCUUUUUUUUUUAAUGUUUUUCGUUAUUUUCAGUGUUUUGGAGAAAUUAUUUAAUAAAAAAUGUAAUCAUUUGCUUUUUUUGAAUGAUCUCUAAAAGGGAAUGUUCCUUUUGUAAUGGUUUAAAUUGAUCUCAAAGUAUUUUUAGAUGGUUUGUAACCCAGCUCGAUGUGAAAAUGUAUGGUGCCUAUGAAAUUCCACUUGAAUAUCAUUAUCAUUGACAGUGUUACAUUUCAAAAAGAGCUUCUGGAAAGUAAACUAUUAUUCAUCUAUAGAAUGUUAUAUGGUUAAAACUAGAAAGCAUAUAGUACAGUAAUCUUUGGUCCCAACAGCCUUGGCUCUAAAAAAUAUAUAUAGUUCAGCAAAAACAGAUGUGCAUUUUGUUGUUAAUAGGAAAUCAAAUAAAACAACUAUAGGAAGCUGUUAAUUAGAUGGGAGAAGAGGCUGUGUCCAUUCAGAAUAUGUGGGAAAGAAGUUAUCUUAAUUAAGUUUGAGUAGAAUUACGGAUUCAAGU